AUGUGGUUCAAAAAGGGAGCCUUGCUGGCUCUCUUAACACUUGCGCAGUUUGCACUUGGUGUUGAGGACUACUACAAGGUUCUUGGCCUCGACAAGCAGGCCUCGGACAAGCAAAUCAAGUCGGCCUACCGCCAAUUGUCCAAGAAAUACCAUCCCGACAAGAACCCAGGCGACUCAACAGCCCACGACAAGUUCGUCGAAGUCUCAGAAGCCUACGAAGCCCUCAUCGACCCCGAAUCCCGCAAGAUCUACGACCAAUAUGGUUACGACGGCCUCAAGCAGCGCAAGCAAGGCGGCGGCCAACAUCACGACCCCUUUGAUCUUUUCUCCCGCUUCUUUGGUGGCGGCGGUCACUUUGGCAACCAGCCCGGCCAGCGACGCGGUCCCAACGUCGAGCUCAAAGUGGGCAUCCCCCUCGUCGAUUUCUACAACGGGCAUACUACCGAGUUUCUAUGGGAAAAGCAACAGAUCUGCGAGGAGUGCGAGGGCACGGGAGCGGCGGAUAAACAUGUCGAUACCUGCGACGCCUGUGGUGGCCACGGCAUUCGCAUCGUUAGACACCAACUGGCGCCGGGUAUGAUCCAGCAAAUGCAGAUGCAGUGCGACAAGUGCGGCGGAAAGGGCAAGAGCAUAAAGCACAAGUGCCCCGUGUGCCAGGGAACGAGGGUAAUACGCAAGUUGGCGACGGUUGAAGUGAAGGUUGAGCGUGGUAUGGCCGAAGGGUCAAGGAUCGUAUACGAGAACGAGGCGGACGAGAGCCCGGAUCAUGUUGCCGGUGAUUUGAUCGUUACCGUCGUGGAGAAGGAGCCAAGUCCAAACCCUGAGGAAAACAACCCGAAUCACCUCGACGGUAUCUACUUUAGGAGGAAGGGUGACGACUUGUUCUGGAAAGAGAUUAUCAGCCUCCGGGAGGCGUGGAUGGGUGACUGGACAAGAAACGUUACACAUCUGGAUGGACAUGUGGUUAGGCUGGGAAGGAAACAAGGCGAGGUGGUACAGCCUGGUCAGGUCGAUACGAUACCAGGCGAGGGUAUGCCCAAGUGGCAUGAGCAUGGAGACAGCGUUUACCACCAGACGGAAUACGGAAACCUCUACGUCGAGUAUGCAGUGGUGCUGCCAGACCAGAUGGAAAGCGAUAUGGAGAAGGAGUUCCGGGCGUUAUUUGAGAAGUGGAGGGGGAAGAUUGGCGUUGACCUACACAAGGACAGCGGACGGCCUGAUCAGCCAGUGAUGCAUGACCAUGAUCAUGAUCAUGAGGGGCACGAGCAUGAGGAGUUAUAGAGCAGGCGGCUUGAUUUUAUAUAGGAUUUAUGUACCGACUAUAUGAUACACGUUAAUAGAGAUCUAAUGCCAUUGGGUUUCGACUUGAGCAUGUCUCGGUGAAUAUUUGAGGAUCUGAAAAAUCCAACAACCUUUUCGUGAUGACUUCAACAACCCAAAUGAUGCACAUACUUACUACCUUUGUC